AUGGACGUUGAUACCCCCUCAGGAACUAGUCGCUCUCCCCAAUCGGCAGAAACCCAACAUCCCCAGGCGACACCCACCACCGCUCCAGAGACUAACCCGAACCCGACCGCGAAUCCCAAAACGGAACUAGUUGAACCUGUGAAGCUCAAGGCCAGCCAAAUACAACAAUACAUCGCCAUGGCCGACAAGCGUACCAAAAUGAUACUUGACGCGUGGAAGAUUAGGGUCCUCACAGAAGAAGAGCGCCAAAAGUGUAUCGAACAGACCCGCCAUCUGGUCAGGGUAAUCCGGGGCCUCGAAGCAAAGAAGGACGAGGUAGCACCUUUGAUUAACCCUCAACUCGAGACCACCCUCUUCAUGGCCCGACUGGAGUGGCGUGUUACGUUUGGCAGAGUCUUCCGCUUCCAUGAACUACCCACCGAGAUCAUUAGCAACAUAUUCCACCUUGUAUCAUGGUCUGCUUCCAACCCCACAUUGGGUCAGCGAGCUAGGGCGCGCAUCACCAGCGUCUGCAGACUAUGGCGGAAGGUGGCACUGGAGGACCCGACUCUGUGGAACGUCGUAUGGUUCAAGUACUCUGGGUGCGAGCAGGACCUUCAGCGAGCGUCAGUGUGGUUCGACCGUGCGGGAGAUUCCCCCAAAGACGUCCGUAUCAGCGACGGCGGACAGCAGCAGCCACUUCCGGUCCAGUGCAUGGAGAGGAUCCUUGCCCAGGUCAGCAAGAAGUGGACGACCAUCCGCAUCCUGGUCGUCCUUGUCCAUAACUGGGAUCCGGCUUUGAUGAUCCUUUCCAGUCUCCGGAGUGUGGCGCAGGCGAGCGAACCCAUGAUGAUGCGUCGUUUCGAGCUCCAUCGCACAGGCUCUCCAUAUGUCCAGGUGGGUGUGGGUUAUUUCCCCGAUGGGUAUCGUCAGCCAAUGCCCGUAUUCGGCGGUCUGCAUAUCACCACCCUGGAACACUUCUCUCUCAACGGCAUCCACAUCGACUGGAACCGGUCUCACCUCACCAACCUCACUGUCCUGGACCUUCGAAGAAUUGCGUUGAACAAAGGCCCCACCCUUCAACAGUUCCGCGCUAUGCUAACCAGCUCCCCCCUCCUCCGAAAGCUCAUCCUCGACGGUGCAGGACCCAGUCUGGCAGGGAGAGAGCAAGACCCACCUCCUAUUGUCCUGAAUAACCUCCGAGUUCUCGUCCUUGUCGACUUCAGCGCCUCUUACGGGACCUUCCUCCUGUCCCUAUUCAAAGCUCCCUAUGUCCGCGACCUGACCUUGAUGAAUUUGGUGGGGGAGGAUUACACCCCCUUCUUCUCAGCGAUGACCGGGGAGUAUAGAGAAGUGAGGAUUCUCACCCUCUACAACUCAGAACUCCGCGCCACGGUUCCUUCGAUGGACGGGCCCGACACCGUCGAUCCGCGCCUAAUUAAUACGGUCGUUCGUUGGCUCUGCUUGAUGCCGCACAUCACCUAUCUUCGCAUCGGAACCCUGAGGCUCAACUUUUUCGAAAUCUUCCUCCGCUAUUGGAACUAUGCGAAAGGAAACCAGCCCCCUAGUCAGAUACCCGUUUCCCCGCGCCUGGAGAUCCUGGAGUGGCAGAGUAUGGACACCAACGUCAUCGGCGCAUGGCUCACAAGACGGAAGCAAAUGGGCGUCCCCAUUAAGAAGUUGUACAUCGGCGAAAUCACGGCUUCCAAAAUCGACCAGACUCAGCAUGAAGCGCUCACUAGUGCUCUUGCGCCUGGAGGUGAUAUCUACCUGCUUCGCGCUGGACACAAGUCCCCAGAAGAGGCAGCAGCCCUUCAGGAUUGA